AUGGCGUCUCGCGUGACCGAAGUCGCCGCGCGGCUUUAUGACGCCUGCGUGGAGAGGUUUGAAGCCGAUCAUCUUUUCUAUCAGCAGGACCUUCUUGCGCUCGAUGUGAUUCCGAAGGCUGAAAUCGACUUGUUGCUGAAAUGUACGCAAGCCCUGGUGGACCAAAAACUGUUCCGACUCCACCAAGGCGCGAAUAACCGCCUCGCAUGGAAGAUCAUCUCUCGCGAUGACGCCGAGAAAUUGCAGAGUCUCAGCCCCGACGAGAGCUUGGUGUACAACGUCAUUCACUCGAGCGGCCGAUCCGGCGUUUGGAUCCGGAACAUCAUCAGCCGAACGAACCUGCAUAAGUCCAUUCUCGAUCGCUGCGUCAAGUCGCUCGAAAGCAAAAACUACAUCAAAAGCGUUCACAAUGUCAAGUAUCCGACUCGAAAGAUGUACAUGCUCGCGGGCCUGGCCCCGAGCGAGGACAUCACUGGAGGUGCUUGGUUCACGGAUGGUGUGCUGGAUGCCAAUUUCAUCAACAGUGUUGCUGGUUACAUCGAGUACACCGUCAGCCGGCGCAGCUGGUAUGAGGUACCGGCUGCCGACCGUGGCCGCAACAAGCGCAUCAAAACCGCCACCGGCAAGGCGGAGGUGAAGUCUGAGUCAGAGAAGGUGUAUUUACCUUACCCGGCCAACUACUCCGGGUAUCCGACCGUCGAAAUGAUCACCAAUGCGGUCAACCAGAGUGGUAUCACACCCGUGCGUCUGGGUGAAGAGAGCAUCGUCCAGCUCCUCCAGAUGCUUUGCUUUGACCGGAAGCUUGUUGCUCUGAAUAACGGGGCCAACUACAAAUCCCUGAAGAACCCCGAAGUGGUGAAGGCAAGCCAGUCCCGAAAGCCCGCCGCCGGAGAGGAGGCUGGCGCUCCCAUUCUUGGCCUUGGCAAAAAUGGAAUGACCGAGGCACCUUGCGGAUCGUGCCCGAACAUCAAGCUUUGCUCACCCGGCGCUGCAAUCAGUCCGGAGACUUGCGAGUACUUUGAUCCGUGGUUUGAGAAGGUCCUUGGCUUCUGA